UUUAAAAUCAAACAGUAAGUAAUAUUACAUUUUGGUGAACACAUAAGUUUGAUGAUGGGCGAAGAACACAUUAUUCACGGCGCUGAGCUAAAAGUGCCAAUUUCCAAUAAAUCUUUGGGAGAAGAAUUAUACAAUGCUUUAAUGCGUGGACCAGAGGCUCCAAUAUUUAUAGAUGCCGUAUCCGGGGAAACUGUGUCCAAUAAGUGCCUACUGAAGAACUCCGUCCGCUUAGCAGAAAGUAUUCGCAAUUUUGGAUUAACACAGGACGACGUAGUGGCAAUUUGCAGUGAAAACAAUUUGUACUUUGCUGACCCCGUUUUAGCAGCCUUGUAUUGUGGUAUUCCUGUAACCACUUUCAGCCCUCACUACACUGAAGGAGAACUGUUGUACGUCGCCAAUUUAUCGCAGCCAUCGAUUAUAUUCUGUUCAACCGGAUCAAGCGCGGCGGUUCUAAAGGUGAAAGAUCAGCUAAAAGUAACACCUAAACUGAUCAUAAUUGACCAAAAAGAUGACUACGAAGGUUGCCAAUCGGUGGAAAACUUUGUAAAGGACAACAUUUCGAAAAAUUUCGAAAUAAAUACAUUUGUUCCCAGUCCAGUGAAUGUCAGAGACCAUGUUGCGUUUAUUUUGUAUUCAUCGGGUACGAGUGGAUUACCGAAGGGUGUUAUGUUAACACAUUAUAACUAUAAUGCGUCUAUUUCCAUUUUCGAUGAUGUCCUUCAAUCAAGGCCACGUAAUUCACCUGCCGUAGCCUUCGUACCCCUAUGUCACGCUUUCGGUUUAUUUACGAUCUCAAUAAAAAUUGCUUGGGGAGGAGUUGUAGUAAUAAUGAACAAAUUUAACCCGGAAGUUUACAUGAAAUGUAUACAAGAUUAUAAGGUCGACGAUCUUAUCGUAGUGCCAUCAAUUGCGAAUUUUUUGGCAAAAAGCGAUUUGGUUAAUAAGUAUGACUUAUCCUGUGUCAAGGGAAUAUUCUGUGGAGCGGCAGGGUUAAGCAAGGAUAUUCAACAGGUGUUAAUUGAACGAUUUAAGGUGAAAGAUAUCCAACAAUCAUAUGGAAUGACAGAAACGACCACUGGAGUGAUAAGUCCAUUAUUGAAUACAAAGGAUAACACCCUCGGUUCAUGUGGUUGCGUUUUGCCAAGCGUCUCGGCAAAGAUUGUCGAUGUCGAUACAGAAAAGUCGGUGGGGCCCAUGCAACGUGGAGAAUUGUGGUGUCGUGGUCCUGUUAUAAUGAAGGGAUAUAUAAAUAAUCCAGAGGCAACUGAUGAUGCUAUAGAUAAAGAUGGAUGGCUACAUACCGGCGACAUUGCGUACUACGAUGAGCACGGUGCAUUUUAUGUCGUAGAUCGGCUAAAAGAAAUAAUGAAGUGUAAAGGGUUUCAAGUUGCUCCCGCAGAACUAGAAUCGAUUUUAAUUAACCACCCCAAGGUAGCAGACGCUGCUGUGAUUGGUGUCCCACACGAAAGAGAUGGCGAAGUACCACUUGCGUUUGUUGUAUCGGCACCAAAUCAAGUGCCAACUGAAAAAGAAAUGCAGGAUUUCGUAGCAGGUCAGGUGGCAACUUACAAACAUCUUAAAGGUGGUGUCAAGUUUCUAACAAUGAUUCCUCGAAAUGCGAACGGAAAAAUUCUUCAUCGCGUGUUAAGAGAACAGUACUUAAAGUAAUCCAAUUGAUCAAUAAUUAACGCGCAUAUCACGUGAUUAGAGGAGUAGAUCAGUAAAUACUGACUGCAACAUUUUGGUUGAAGUUUUUUUAUCACCCUCUUAAAUACAUACCAACCCUACGCUGCCUCCAUAACAAAAUCACCAUCUUCAAAUUUUUGGUACAAAUUUACUCAGUGAGAAGUUUGAUAAUAGAGGACCACUAAAUGCAAUGCGUAUAAAAAAACGUCGGUUAUUGAGUU